CUUCUCUUGGUUAAAUCUUUUAAACAACUCUGUUUAUUCAGCUAGUUCUUGUAGUUAAAUGUGUUUUUUCAUGCUUUGUCUUACAUUGUUAGUUUUGUUCAAGUACUACUAUCUUCAAAUUUUGUCUUUCGAUUUAGGCUUCAGUUCAGUCAUUUUAUAUUAUAGUUCAAAAUCUGGGUUUUACAUGUGCUUGUUAAGUAUUUGUGUGUGCCUAUGUGCAAGUGUAUUUAUUCUUCUUAUGGUGGUUGCUUCACAUUCUUGAUUAUGAUUAUUGUUCCUUGCUGCUUGGUUUUUGAUAUGAGCAGGUUUGUGAGCCAGUUGGUUGUUUUUCAUACCUGGACUUAAACAGCUCAACUUCUUUACAGCAAGAGAGACAGUUUCUUGGGCAUAUUUUAGCUUAUGUUGUAGGCAGUGAGAGCCCAUCAAUCUGUUAGGCACCAAACACUAAAAAAUUAGUUGAUUACAUGUAUUAUCUGGGGGUUAGUAUGGAGAUUUUUAGGCUUUUGGUUGUGACUUGUGUUCUAACAUGCACAAUGGGGCAGCUUCCUUCACAGGACAUUUUGACUCUACUGGAAUUCAAGAAGGGGAUUACUCAUGACCCAACAGGUUAUGUGGUUGAUUCAUGGAGUGAGGAGUCUAUCGACUUCAAUGGGUGUCCAGCGUCAUGGAAUGGGAUUGUUUGCAAUGGUGAUAAGGUUGCAGGGGUUGUCCUUAAUAACCUGGGUUUAUCUGCAAAUGUCGAUCUGAGUGUGUUUUUAAAUCUCACAAUGCUUGUGAAGCUCUCAAUGUCGAAUAACUCUAUAUCUGGAAAAAUCCCCAGCAAUAUAGGUGAUUUUAAAGGUCUUGUGUAUAUGGACAUAUCAGAGAACCUGUUCUUCUCAUCUAUACCAUCAGAGAUCGGUCAGUUGGGGAGCCUGCAAAACCUCUCUUUAGCUGGUAACAAUUUCUCUGGCUCAAUCCCAGAUUCAAUAUCCGGGCUUAAUUCGAUUCAAUCUUUGGAUUUAAGUCGCAAUUCUUUUUCUGGGGAAUUACCAUCAUCAUUAACUGACUUGACUAAUUUGGUAUCUCUAAAUUUAUCUCUUAAUGGUUUUGAAAAGAAAAUUCCAGAAGGAUUUGAUGCCAUGGUGAAUCUUAAAGUGUUUGACUUGCACGGAAACUCUUUAGAGGGCAAUCUUGAUGCAGAAUUCUUGCUUCUUACUACUGCAGUGCUUGUUGAUUUGAGUGAUAAUUUGCUCGUGAGUUCUAGUUCUCAAAGGCAGAAGUUUUUACCUGGUCUUUCAGAUAGUAUUGAGUACUUAAACCUUAGCUGUAACCAGCUUACAGGGUCUCUUAUUGGCGGUGAUCAACCUCAGGUCUUUGGGAACUUAAGAGUUUUGGAUUUAAGCAACAAUGAUUUAUCUGGAGAAUUGCCUGGAUUUGAUUUUGUUUAUGAGCUCCAGGUCCUCAAACUCAGUAACAAUAGAUUUUCCGGGUUCAUUCCUAACGACCUCUUAAAAGGAGAUUCAUCAGUUCUGUCUGAAUUAGAUUUGAGUGGCAACAACCUCACAGGCCCAAUAAGUAUGAUCUCAGCAACAACUCUGCACACCCUUAACCUCUCAUCAAAUAAACUGUCUGGCGAUCUUCCAUUGUUGACUGGAAAUUGCGCAGUACUUGAUCUGUCGAAUAAUCAAUUUGAAGGAAACUUAACCAAACUGCUGAAAUGGGGAAAUAUUGAAUAUCUUGAUCUUAGUCAAAAUAGAUUGACAGGGUCCAUACCUGAGGUAACUUCACAAUUUUUGCGUUUAAAUUACCUCAAUCUUUCACAUAAUUCUCUUAGCAGUUCGCUCCCAAAGGUUAUUACUACUUUCCCCAAACUGACAGUCCUUGAUCUUAGUUAUAACCAAUUAGACGGACGUCUUAUACCUACUUUAUUGACAUUCCCCACAUUGCAAGAACUGCACCUAGAAAACAACAAACUUGGUGGAAGCAUUGAGUUUUCUCUUCCUUUAUCUGCUGAGCCCAGUCUUCAUGUUCUUGAUAUAUCUCAUAAUCAACUUAGUGGUUAUUUUCCUGAUGGAUUUGGUUCAUUGACUGGACUUCAUGAUCUCAACCUGGCCGUAAAUAAUUUCUCAGGUUCUUUACCAACCUCUAUUAGUAACAUCAGCUCCCUCAGUUCUUUAGACAUCUCUCAGAAUCAUUUCACUGGCCCAUUGCCAAAGAACUUGCCUGAUAGUAUGGAAAAAUUUAAUGCAACAUACAAUGAACUUUCUGGAGUUGUCCCUGAAAAUUUAAGAAAAUUUCCUCUAUCAUCUUUCUUCCCUGGCAAUUCUGAUUUACAAUUUCCAAAUCCUCCUCCGGGAUCAACACCCUCUGAAUCUGGACAACAAAAUAGUAGAACAAUAAAAACAGUUGUAAAGGUGUUGGUGAUAAUCGCUUGUGUUAUUGCUGUCAUACUUUUUAUCCUUCUUGCCAUUUUCAUUCAUUACAUACGCAUAUCAAGGAGAUCUCGUCAGCAAAGUGUUACAAGUAAAGACAUUCGUAGGCACGUCCAACAUAAUCCUUCUGGCUUGGUUGGACGAGUUGGUGGUGGUGGUCUUGUAGUUUCUGCAGAAGAUGACCUUAUGACAUCACAAAAAAGACCUUCUUCUGAAAUUAUUGUUCCUGAUGAGAAAAUGGCAGUCAUUACUGGAUUUUCACCAUCUAAGAACAGCCAUUUCUCUUGGUCAUCAGAGUCAGGCGAUUCAUAUACCGCUGACCUAUCUAGAUUAGAUGUAAGGUCACCAGAGAUAUUGGGCGGAGAGCUUUAUUUUCUUGAUGACACAAUUUCAUUCUUACCUGAAGAACUAUCAAGGGCCCCAGCAGAAGUUUUGGGAAGAAGCAGCCAUGGGACUUCGUAUAAAGCCACAUUAGAUAGUGGGGUAUUUUUGACUGUAAAGUGGUUAAGAGAAGGUGUCGCAAAGCAGCGGAAAGAUUUUGCAAAGGAGGCUAAGAAAUUUUCAAAUAUUAGACAUCCAAAUGUGGUUGGUUUGCGGGGUUAUUACUGGGGCCCCACUCAGCACGAGAAGCUUAUUCUUUCAGAUUACAUCUCACCUGGAAGUCUUGCAAGUUUUCUUUUCGAUCGUCCUGAAAGAAAGGGCCCCCCACUAACCUGGGCUCAAAGACUGAAAAUUGCAGUUGAUGUUGCACGUGGUCUGAAUUAUCUUCAUUUUGACCGUGCCUUUCCACAUGGAGACCUCAAAGCAACCAAUGUACUAUUAGAUGGUCCAGAUCUUAAUGCACGUGUUGCUGAUUACUGCCUUCACCGCCUCAUGACCCAAGCAGGUACCAUUGAACAAAUUCUUGAUGCUGGGGUUCUAGGUUAUCGGGCACCUGAGCUGGCCACUUCCAAUAAGCCAUUGCCAAACUUCAAGUCUGAUGUAUAUGCAUUCGGAGUGAUUUUAUUGGAACUUUUAACUGGAAAAUGUGCUGGCGAUGUGGUUUCUGCUGAUGAUGGAGGUGUUGAUUUAACAGACUGGGUGCGGCUGAAGGUAACAGAAGGUCGUGGCUCAGAUUGUUUUGAUGCUGCAUUGGCCCCAGAGCUUAUGAAUCCAGCUUCAGAAAAAGGAUCGAAGGAAGUUCUUGAAAUAGCUCUGAGAUGUAUACUGUCUGUAUCUGAAAGACCAGGUAUCAAGACUAUAUAUGAAGAUCUUUCAUCUAUAUAGACAGUCAGAUGUGCUUCUGGGAACUCAUUUUUAAUUAUACGGGGAAUCAAUAGUUCAUUGGUUUCCAUUUUGUGGUUAAAUUAGUCUGAUAUUAUAGUUUCCUAACUUAGCUUCUUUUACUUGCCGUUGUCGUGAAGUCGGGGAAUUUGUUUAUAAAACUAUUAGUUUUGCUGUUCUUUGGCAUGAUCAUUGCUUUCGGAUACCAACUGAGGAAAAACACAAGUAUUAUUGUUCCCGUUCCUCUUGGAAAUAAACAUAAUUGAUCUGCAGGUAAGUUUGCAUGUCAUUGU